AUGAGUGAGAAAGUGAUCGAAAAAGAAGAAGGAGCUAUGAAGAGUAGUAAGACUUGUCUUGUUUUCGCCAUCAAUGGACAAAGAUUUGAGCUUGAGCUAUCUUCCAUUGAUCCUUCCACAACACUCAUCGAUUUCUUGCGCAACAAGACUCCUUUCAAGAGUGUCAAGCUCGGUUGUGGUGAAGGUGGUUGUGGCGCUUGUGUUGUUCUUCUUUCCAAGUAUGAUCCUUUGCUCGAAAAAGUCGAUGACUUCACUAUCAGCUCUUGUCUCACGCUCCUCUGUAGCAUUGACGGCUGCUCCAUCACUACCUCAGAAGGUCUUGGGAACAGCAGAGUCGGGUUCCACGCGGUUCACGAGCGGAUCGCUGGCUUUCACGCCACACAAUGCGGUUUCUGCACGCCUGGAAUGAGCGUUUCGAUGUUUUCCGCUCUCUUGAACGCUGAUAAGUCUCAUCCGCCUCGCAGUGGUUGCUCAAACCUUACUGCUGCGGAAGCAGAGAAAGCUGUGGCUGGGAAUUUAUGCCGGUGUACUGGAUACAGACCGCUCGUGGACGCUUGUAAGAGUUUUGCUUCGGAUGUGGAUAUCGAAGACCUCGGAUUCAAUUCCUUUUGCAAGAAGGGAGACAACAGAGAUGAGGUUUUAGGAAGGUUGCCAUGUUAUGAUCAUACAUCAUCUCAAGUCUGUACAUUUCCAGAAUUCUUGAAGAAGGAAAUCAAGAUCGAUAUGAGUCUUGAUCCAAGAAAGUACAGAUGGUCAAGCCCUGUUAGCAUCUCGGAGCUUCAAGGCUUAUUAGAGGUUGAAAAUGGGAUGUCAGUUAAGUUAGUUGCGGGUAACACGAGUACCGGGUAUUACAAAGAAGAAAAAGAGAGGAAGUACGAAAGAUUUGUCGAUAUAAGGCGCAUUCCCGAGCUCACUGUGGUAAGAAAAGAUGAGAAGGGAGUUGAACUAGGAGCUGCUGUUACUAUAUCAAAAGCUAUCGAGGUUCUAAGAGAGAAGGAAAAUGGUUCUAUGUUGGCGAAAAUCGUGAGUCAUAUGGAGAAAAUUGCAAACAGAUUCGUGCGGAAUACGGGAACGAUAGGCGGAAACAUCAUGAUGGCGCAGAGAAAACAGUUUCCUUCUGAUCUCACAACUAUACUUCUCGCUGCUCGAGCAACGGUUAGGAUCAUGACUAGCAGCUCGGGUCAAGAACAUUUUACAUUGGAAGAGUUUCUUCAACAACCUCCUCUUGAAACCAAAUCUGUUCUUUUGAGCAUCGAGAUCCCGUCUUGGCUCCCCGUGAAGAAGAAGAACGGUUCUUCUUCGGAUACUCAUUUGCUCUUUGAAACUUACAGAGCAGCGCCUCGUCCUUUCGGAAAUGCAUUGCCAUUUCUGAAUGCGGCUUUCUCAGCUGAAGUUUCUUUAAGUGAAGAACUCAAUGGCAUUGUUUUACAUGACUGCCGGUUAGCUUUCGGGGCUUACGGGACAAAACACGCGCAUCGAGCCACGAAAGUCGAAGAAUUUCUUACAGGGAAAGUGAUAUCUGAUGAGGUUUUGAUUGAAGCUAUUGGCUUACUUAAAGAUGAGAUAGUACCUGAUAAGGGUACUUCGAAUCCCGGUUAUAGAUCAAGCUUGGCUGUUACGUUUCUCUUCGAGUUCUUCGAAUCUUUAACUCAAACAAACGGUUGGCUCAACGGAGGAUGCAAAGAGAAUGGUUUUGAUCAGAAUGUUGAAUCUUUGAAACCUGAAGCUAUGUUGUCAUCUGCACAACAAAUAGUUGAAAAUCAAGAAUAUAGUCCGGUCGGUAAAGGCAUUGUAAAGGCUGGAGCUCGACUUCAAGCAUCUGGUGAGGCUGUUUAUGUAGACGACAUUCCUGCUCCGGAAAAUUGUCUAUACGGCGCAUUUAUUUACAGUACAAUGCCGUUGGCGCGGAUCAAGGGUAUAAGAUUCAAGCAAAACAGAGUUCCAGAAGGAGUUCUUGGCAUAAUUACUUACAAAGAUAUUCCGGAAGGCGGGAAAAAUGUCGGUAGCAAAGGUUUCUUUCGCUCGGAUCUUUUGUUCGCAGAAGAAAUCACGCUUUGCGCGGGUCAGAUAAUCGCCAUUUUGGUUGCAGAUAGUCAAAAGCAUGCAGAUAUUGCAGCAAAUCUUGUUGUGAUUGAUUAUGACACCAAGGAUUUAGAAUCGCCGAUACUGUCCUUAGAAGACGCUGUCGAAAAGUCUAGCUUUUUGGAGCUCCCUCCACCUCUGCGUGGUAAAUCCGUCGGAGAUAUCGCCAAGGGAAUGGCUGAAGCUGAAUAUAAGAUUCUUGGAUCAAAGAUAAGUUUGGGGUCACAGUACUUCUUCUAUAUGGAGACACAAACCGCUCUUGCAGUGCCGGAUGAAGACAACUGUAUGGUGGUUUAUAGCUCGACUCAAGUCCCCGAGUAUGUACAUCGAACCAUAGCUGGAUGUCUUGGAGUUCCUGAGAAUAAUGUCCGUGUCAUCACUAGAAGAGUUGGAGGUGGAUUCGGUGGGAAAGUCAUGAAAUCAAUGCCUGUAGCUGCAGCUUGUGCACUUGCAGCAUCCAAAAUGCAGCGUCCCGUGAGGAUAUAUGUGAACCGGAAAACGGAUAUGAUAACUACCGGAGGAAGACAUCCGAUGAAAAUCACAUAUAGUGUUGGAUUCAAAUCCAAUGGAAAGAUUACUGCUUUAGAUUUAGAGUUGUUACUUGAAGCAGGGAUAAGCGACGAUAUAAGCCCGCUUAUGCCAUCCGGUAUCCAAGGAGCAUUGAUGAAGUAUGAUUGGGGUGCUCUAUCUUUCGAUGUGAAAGUAUGCAAAACAAACACUGUGAGCAGAACCGCGGUUCGAGCUCCAGGGGAUGUACAAGGAACAUAUAUAGGAGAAGCUAUCAUUGAAAAAGUAGCUUCAUAUCUUUCAAUUGAUGUGGAUGAGAUCAGGAAGGUUAAUCUCCAUACAUAUGAGAGCUUAAAGUUGUUUCACAAUGUUAAAGCUGGUGAAUCCCCUGAGUACACCUUACCGUUGAUUUGGGACAAACUCGCUGAGUUCUCAGAGUUUAACCAGCGGAGGAAGGUGGUUGAGGAGUUUAAUGCAUCAAACAAGUGGAGAAAGAGAGGGAUAUCGCGUGUGCCUGCGGUUUAUGGAGUGUCUAUGCGAUCAACACCGGGAAGAGUAAGCGUUUUGAGUGAUGGGUCAAUAGUGGUUGAAGUUCAAGGGAUUGAGAUAGGACAAGGGCUAUGGACAAAGGUGAAACAGAUGACUGCAUUUUCCCUUGGACUGAUCCAAUGCGGUACUACAAGCGAUGAGCUUCUCGAGAAAAUCCGAGUCAUCCAAUCCGACACCCUGAGUAUGGUACAAGGCUCAGUAACUGGUGGUAGCACAACCUCUGAGGCGAGCAGCGAAGCGGUUAGGAUUUGCUGCGUUGGCUUAGUCGAAAGGCUUUUACCCGUCAAGACCACUUUGGUGGAGCAAACAGGAGGACCUGUGACUUGGGAUAGCCUCAUCAGUCAGGCUUAUCAGCAAUCGAUAAACAUGGCGGUUAGUACCUCAUACUUGCCGGACUCCACUGGUGAAUACAUCAACUAUGGAGUUGCAGCGAGUGAGGUUGAAGUAAACGUUUUGACGGGUGAAACAACGGUUCUGCGCACGGAUAUUAUCUAUGAUUGCGGGAAAAGUCUCAAUCCAGCAGUGGAUUUAGGACAGAUUGAAGGAGCAUUUGUUCAAGGACUUGGGUUCUUCAUGCUUGAAGAGUACCUAAUGAACUCAGACGGUCUCGUGGUAACAGACAGUACAUGGACUUACAAGAUCCCAACGGUCGACACAAUCCCAAGACAGUUCAAUGUAGAGAUUCUCAACAGUGGACACCACAAGAACCGUGUUCUUUCAUCCAAAGCUUCGGGUGAACCGCCAUUGCUUUUAGCGGCUUCUGUUCACUGCGCGGCGCGAGCAGCUGUUAAAGAAGCCAAGAAACAGAUCUCAAGAUGGUGCACUAAUAACCAACAAGAGAUUGAUCUGACCUUUGAUUUGCCUGUUCCAGCGACAAUGCCUGUUGUGAAGGAGUUUUGUGGACUCGAUGUUGUCGAGAAAUACUUGGAAUGGAAAAUAAAGCAGAGGAAGAACGUUUGA